UGGGGGCUGGGAAAGGAGAGGGAGAGAGCCAGCAGGCAGGGUUGUAAGGUGUGGCUGGCAACCAGGAGCCCCACGAAGAGAGCUAGCAAGCGGAGGAAAGCAAGCGAACUAGAGGGAGUAGGGGAGACCGAGACUGACCGGUAGCCAGGCAGGCAGACGGACACACGCCGGGACAGACAGACUGAGCAGGCGCUGGAGAACCUCGCACUGGUUCCUCCCGCCUUUCCCUUUGAAAGCCAGGAUUUUGCCUUUUCCGUGGCGCCCGAGAGAGAAUGCUGGACUCUGCCGACUUCAGCGCAAGCUAAGAUUUCUCAGCUAGGGAAGAAAAAAUCAGCUCAAUCCUGAGAAGGGGUGAAACAAGCUCCCCUCUUCCCCCUCCCCCUCCCCCCAUACCAAACUCGGGCACCAAACCCAACCCUUCCCUAACCAUCCGACUUCCUCCUCUCCUUUCUAGAAUGGUGGCUGUAUGGACAGUCUGACAGAACAGAGACUGACAUCUCCCAAUCUGCCGGCCCCCCACCUGGAACACUACAGUGUUCUGCAUUGCACCAUGACCCUGGAUGUGCAAACUGUAGUCGUUUUUGCUGUAAUUGUAGUCCUCCUGCUUGUCAAUGUCAUACUCAUGUUUUUCCUGGGAACGCGCUGAAUGGAGUCCAGCCAUCUGAGCUGUUGCUAACUCUCGAUUUGAUUUCAUCCAGAGAACCACCGAGAAAAAAAUCAAGAGAGACAGUCAGAAACAGGGAAAGAGAGGGAGAGAAAGAGCAAGCUUUCUUACUCAGGGGGGAAAACGUUUUGAGCUGCAACAUGGCCUCGCUGUGAUAUGUAUGACGUUGCUGAUCACUGGAGAUUCCAUCGUUAGUGCUGAGGCAGUAUGGGAUCACGUCACCAUGGCCAACCGGGAGUUGGCAUUUAAGGCUGGCGACGUCAUCAAAGUCUUGGAUGCUUCCAACAAGGAUUGGUGGUGGGGCCAGAUCGACGAUGAGGAGGGAUGGUUUCCUGCCAGCUUUGUGAGGCUCUGGGUGAACCAGGAGGAUGGGGUAGAGGAAGGGCCCAGUGACGUUCAGAAUGGGCACCUGGACCCCAACUCAGACUGUCUCUGUCUGGGCCGGCCACUACAGAACCGAGAUCAGAUGCGGGCCAAUGUCAUCAAUGAAAUCAUGAGCACUGAGCGUCAUUAUAUCAAGCACCUCAAAGACAUUUGUGAGGGCUACCUGAAGCAGUGCCGAAAGAGAAGGGACAUGUUCAGUGAUGAGCAAUUGAAGGUCAUCUUUGGGAACAUUGAAGACAUCUACAGGUUUCAGAUGGGCUUUGUGAGAGACCUGGAGAAACAGUACAACAAUGAUGACCCCCACCUCAGUGAGAUAGGACCCUGCUUCCUGGAGCACCAAGAUGGAUUCUGGAUAUACUCUGAGUACUGUAACAACCAUCUGGACGCCUGCAUGGAGCUCUCCAAACUGAUGAAGGACAGCCGCUAUCAGCAUUUCUUUGAGGCCUGUCGCCUCUUGCAGCAAAUGAUUGACAUAGCUAUUGAUGGUUUCCUUCUCACUCCAGUCCAGAAAAUCUGCAAGUAUCCCUUACAGUUGGCUGAGCUCCUCAAGUAUACUGCCCAGGACCAUAGUGACUACAGGUAUGUGGCAGCUGCUCUGGCUGUCAUGAGAAAUGUGACUCAACAGAUCAAUGAACGCAAGCGGCGUUUGGAGAAUAUUGACAAGAUUGCCCAGUGGCAGGCCUCUGUCCUAGACUGGGAGGGUGAGGACAUCCUAGACAGGAGCUCGGAGCUGAUCUACACUGGGGAGAUGGCCUGGAUCUACCAGCCCUAUGGCCGCAACCAACAGCGGGUCUUCUUCCUGUUUGACCACCAGAUGGUCCUCUGCAAGAAGGACCUGAUUCGGAGAGACAUCCUAUACUACAAAGGCCGCAUUGACAUGGAUAAAUAUGAGGUAGUAGACAUUGAAGAUGGCAGAGAUGAUGACUUUAAUGUCAGCAUGAAGAAUGCCUUUAAACUUCACAACAAGGAGACUGAGGAGGUGCACCUAUUCUUUGCCAAGAAGCUGGAGGAGAAGAUACGCUGGCUCAGGGCUUUCAGAGAAGAGAGGAAAAUGGUACAGGAAGAUGAAAAAAUUGGCUUUGAAAUUUCUGAAAAUCAGAAGAGGCAGGCUGCAAUGACUGUGAGAAAAGUCUCUAAACAAAAAGGUGUCAACUCUGCCCGCUCAGUUCCUCCUUCCUACCCACCACCGCAGGACCCAUUAAACCAGGGCCAGUACCUGGUCCCAGAUGGCAUCGCUCAGUCACAGGUCUUUGAGUUCACCGAACCCAAGCGCAGCCAGUCACCAUUCUGGCAAAACUUCAGCAGGUUAACCCCCUUCAAAAAAUAGUACCUACAGGGAGGCAGAUAAUUUUAAAAUAAAGUAAAUAAAAUUAUA